AUGUCCAAAGCUGUGAAACAUUUUGUGCAUUUGAAUUUCAGCGUCUAUCUGUGGAUCUCUCUUUUUGCUGGCCAACGUUCGUGCAAACUCACUGAUUACGGGGCCUUCUUCCCGUUCUUAGUGAGGGACAGGUUGUUUGGUUCAGACAAAUUCUUGUUUUUGUUCGACAAUUCCUUAUCAGGCCAACGUUCGAGCAUGCGGGACCCCCGCCUCGUUCUUAGUGAGGGACAGGUUUUGUUUUGUUCUGACAAUUCUUGUUACUGUUCGACAAUUCCUUAUCAGGCCAACGUUCGUGCAAACUCACUAAUUGCGGGGUCUUCAUUACUGGCUACUUCAUACCCCUUCGACAAUUCCUUAUCAGGCCAACGUUCGUUGGGAGUCACUGUUUAGUUGGAUCCAGCCGUUCUUUGUCACUUUCUUGCUGCAGGGUCCUCAGAUCAGGGAUGUAAAAGUCUCAGGACGAGAGAUGAAAGUGGAGGUGAUUGCAUUCAUUAUAGUCCUUUUGGGCUGAGUGUUGAGAUGUAGAAAUUGAACCCGCCUUAUCCUGUUAAUGAUGCGUAUAUGUUGUAUAUGCUGGUUCCUUGUUUGAUCACGUUUGAUUUAGGCAUAGUGUAUAAAAUCGCUAGAGUGCUUUGGCGCGCGUCCUUUUCUGUGAGGUAAAACAUAGUUCACAACAUGCUAUCCCCUGGGGUAGUCCAACUAUACUUAUAGGAGGGGUCAAGGCCCUUUACG